GGGUGGUGACGUCUUUUCUGAUACCCGAUUAUUACGUGACUGAGAAAAAAAAAAAAAAAGGCAUUUGAUUCAUGAAUAAAAAUCCGGACACCACUACGGGGGCAACAAACAAUAUUGCCCGUCCUCUAAGGUAACAAGCAGGCAAAUGUUUACGAAGAGGGCUCUUGCUGAAGCGGGUUGUUUGCAAAGAUUUUCUUGCUAAUUGCGUAUCAGACGGAAGGCUGCGGAAGGCUGGUCAAGUUUGGAGCCACCGAGCAGGAGAAGAAGAGAAGGCUGAAGGCGCUCAGUGAGGGGAGAGAUCUGGGGAAGACAACAUCGCACGCAGCCAGCCCGUGGCUCCCGCCUCCGCUCCCUCCCGGACUCGCUCGCUCUCUUCCCUCUUCCCCAGUGCUCGGUUCUCCGGCGACAUCUCGCUCCAUCCCUUUCUCAAUUCCCUUGUAGACUCCACUCCAGAUCUGUGCUGCUGCCUGCAAACUUUUUUCCUUUAUCUUUUUUUUUCUCCCUCCUGUAUCUCUUUUUCUUUUUUGGAGUGGAUUGCCUAAAACCAGCAAACAACUAACUGCUGUCGCUUCUGCAUCUUCUGCAUCCCGCCGGUUCUUCGCCCAUCGGAGAGACGAUGUCACGAGGGUUUUAACUCUUUUUGGACGCAACUUGAGAGAGAUCUCGAUUUCUCCCCCUCCCCAUUUUGGGUGUUUAUUUUUUUUCCACCCCCCCAAGACCUGCCGUUUUAGUUUCGCAGCCAAACGCUCUCAGUGCCGGGUGUCUAGAGUUUAAUGCAGUUUCCUUUCCCUCCCGCACAGAGUGGCAAUGUGUAGCAAAGCGAUCUUAGCACUCCUGGUCUAUGGCAUAAUAAUGCACUGCAGCGUCUACUGCACACCUGCGGCCGGACUUCAGUACCCGGCGCUCAGGCUGGAGGAUGAAGUCUACGACGAGGACGGGAACACCCUGCAGGACUUCGCCUACGACCACGAGCCCCUCGGUAUAGCGAAUCCGUCCUCCAUGAUCGGCGAGAUGUACACCUUGUAUUACCCACCGGAAAAGAGGCACGCCGAUGGGAUCUUCAACAAAGCCUACAGGAAACUCCUAGGCCAGCUAUCUGCCAGGAAAUAUCUGCACUCCCUGAUGGCCAAGCGGGUCGGCGGUGCCAGCGGCGGCCUGGGGGACGAUGCGGAACCGCUGACCAAGCGGCACAUAGACGGCAUCUUCACGGACAGCUACAGCCGCUACCGGAAACAAAUGGCUGUCAAGAAGUACUUAGCAGCCGUCCUGGGGAAAAGGUAUAAACAAAGAGUUAAAAACAAAGGACGCCGAGUAGCGUAUUUGUAGCGAUGUGAGUAACCAGCCACUCCUGUGUAUACAAAGUCCUAAGAGAGAGAGAGAGAGAGAGAGAGAAAGAGAGAGAGAGAGAGAGAUAAACCCAACAACAACAACAAAAAAAUCUAAACAAAAACAAAAGUCAUUUCCAAACUGACUGAACAAUCACCGCUCCUGUGUUAUCUAAACAUGUAUUUAUGUAUGAAGUAAAGCCAUUAAAUGAAUAUUUUGAUAAUAAUAUUGUUUUUCUUUUGUACAAAAAGCACUAGAGAAACGCACAGAUCUACUUUGUGGACCAAUCAUUAAGUUAUAUAUAAUAUAUAAAUAUAUAUAUAUAAAUACUACUAAGAAUAGUAAAGAACAAUUCUUCAUGAAAAGCCUGCACAAGAACAAGAAUUCGCCUGAGCUGUUUAUGUUUUUAUAUAAAAUAAAUAGAAAAAAAGAGACAAUCAUUGUUUUGAAUAUUACUCCUAUUUUUGUAACAGAAAUUAAAAGGAUAGUAUUUUUAUCCGCGACAGGGUCGAAGACAUUAAUUUUCACCAUUUGCUACUGUACAUAGAGAAGGAUGACCUGCUCCCAGGGGGAUUAUGAGGAAAUUGAUUUGGGAGAAUUGGUGAAGCAGAUUCUUCCCCUGGUGAGUCUCAAGGCAGGCUCCUUUGCCACUAGCCUCUCUGAAGGGGCAGCGUCCCCUUUCUUCUAGAUUUCGAUUAUUUUUUUUUCCUCUCCUGCUUUCUUUGAUUCCAGUUUUAUCUCUAUUAAUGUAUCCUCAAACAAUGAGCUUAGAGGAUAAUUAUCUUGUGAAAACAACAGCUCGAUCCAAAUUGUGCAUCUCUGUUGCCUAUUGGAGGGAGAAAUAGUUUAAAACCCCAAAACUAAAAUAAUAAUAACAAAAAAUAAAUUAAAUAUAAAACCAAAAAUAGCCAAACUCAAAACCCCAACCCCAAAAUCCCGAACCAGCAGCAAGGGUAGUAAGUACUAAGCCCCGUGCACUGCUCUUCUGGCUGUCUGGGCAGAGUUGCAGAACAAAGCCAAAGCAGAGACAGGACCCGUUUGGAAAGAAGUGGGGAAGUGAGCGGGGGCGGCCCCCGGCGCGCCCCGGGGCCGGAGCCGGUACCGGAGCCGGUGCCGCAGGGUCGAGGUAAGAGGUAAGACGAGGCGAUCCCACCUCCGAUCCGCUACCCAACUGCCCCGGGCAGCUCGGUACUGGACCUGGAUGCAAAGUACAGUGUGUUACUCUCCAGUGCUGUCCAUGCUUCUCAUCAUGUGUAAUAACGAGCAGGGUUCUCGUCUUUGCAUUUUUCGGUCGGAGUUGCUCUUUUCUUUGAUUGCUUUUUCUUGUAGGACCUCCCGCCUCUCAUCCUCUCUUCGAACUUUUCCGAGCUCUGUUUAACCCACUUGAGUCACCUUUUUGGGUUAUGUUCUUUUUGGAAAAAAAAAAAAAAAAAAAAAAAAGAUUGUGAACGCUCUCUCACUCCUUUGUUCUGUUUUAUGCAAGCUCUUAUUGUACAAGUUUAGGAACCCCUGUUGUAGCUACCACUAAAGAAUUAUGCACUACUACGAAAGUUUUUGUUCCUUGUUUAUUGAGUUUGGAGGUAAAAUGUAUUUUUCUACAUUCUGGCUUAUUGCUUAGUAAAAUUUAUUUCAUAAAACAAACUUUUGUCAUAAAAGAAUGUGUAGUGUUCACCUGUGGUCCGGUUUCUAACGAGAUAAACCAUUUUCACCUCAUCUCUCUAUGUACGGACUCCUAUCUUAGCGUCUGCCCGGGGGCUGGUCCCGUCCCCCGCCCGGGCCGGGAGCGAAGGAGGACGCGUAGGUACCCGCUCCCUUCCAGCUCACCACACAAACCUUACAGGAGUCUUUCCAAAGACACAAAACGAGCCCCGCAUUCAAGACGCCGGAAAGCAGCCCCCCAACC